AUGUCCAUCCCACCCACACACCCAAUCUCCCUGCCAGAUUGGAGCAACGUCGACGUCAUCCAUCGCAACACUCUCCCACCCCGAAGCAACUUCUACCUCUACCAUAGCGAAGCAGCCGCCCUCACGCGGGACGUCACCAACGCGAAAGCGCAAUGUCUCUCUGGGAAAUGGAAAUUCCACUUGUCGAGAUCGCCGUUCGAGGGGCCACGGGACUUUCACAAACCACACUUCCGUGGCGAUGAGUUCAAGGACAUUGUCGUCCCGGGAAUGUGGCAGCUUCAAGGGUUCGGAAAGGGUCCGCAUUACACUAAUUAUCUGUAUCCGUGGCCGGUUGAUCCACCUAAUGUAUCGUACCAGGAGAAUGAAUGUGGUCGAUACAUGACCUCCUUUACGGUUGACAAGUCGUUUGCAGAGCAUCAGCUUCGAUUGCGCUUCGAGGGUGUGGAUUCUUCAUAUACGGUUUGGGUCAAUGGGAAGGAGGUUGGUUACUCGCAGGGUUCUAGAAAUCCGAGUGAGUUUGAUGUGACGGAGUUUAUACAAGUCGGCAAAGAGAAUCAUCUAGCAGUGGAAGUGUACCAACGCUGCGAUGGGAGCUACAUUGAGGAUCAGGAUCAGUGGUGGCUCAGCGGUAUCUUUAGGGAUGUUUACCUCCAUGCUUUUCCAAAGGUGCAUCCCGUCGAUUUUCACGUUAUCACGGGCCUGGAUGAAAAGUUUGAGGAUGCAACUCUGCGAGUCAAAGUCGAUGUUAGUGCCUCCUGCACCGUGGAACUCAAGCUCCUCGACGGACAACAAAAGAAAGUUGCCUCCCAUACCAUGAAAGUUUCCAAGCCGGACGAAUUCAAACUCGACAUUAAAUCCCCUCACAAGUGGACAGCAGAAACACCAUAUUUAUACUCGCUGGUGCUCAAUUUUCUCGAUGGUACCGGGUGCAGUCUAAUGCAACGAGUUGGGUUCCGCAAAACAGGCUUAAUCGAUGGCGUCUUUUGCAUCAACGGCAAUCCCGUCAAGUUCAGGGGCGUCAACAGACACGAACACCACCCCGAUCAUGGCCGUGCCGUGCCAUACGAGUUUAUGCGCAGGGACCUGCUCAUCAUGAAGAACCACAAUAUCAACGCUAUCCGCACGUCUCAUCAGAUAAACGACCCGCGUUUAUACGAUGUAGCUGAUGAGCUUGGACUCUGGAUUCUCGACGAGGCGGAUUUGGAAUGUCAUGGUUUUGCUGCCGUUGAUGGCGACGCCGCCAGCUAUACAUCUGAUAAUCCUACCUGGAAAGAGCAAUAUGUCGACAGAGCUCGACAGAUGGUAGCUCGUGACAAGAACCAUGCAUGUGUAAUCAUGUGGUCUCUUGGCAAUGAAGCAUUCUAUGGAAGGAAUCACCAAGCCAUGUAUGAUACGAUCAAGGCCAUGGAUGACACGCGGCUGGUCCAUUACGAGGGAGAUUGGAAUGCCCAAACGGUGGACAUAUACAGUCGCAUGUAUUCGGACAUUGAUUACGUUGAGUCGGUUGCCAAAGAGAGAGAUUGGAAGAAGCCGCUUGUGCUUUGUGAAUUUCUUCACUCGAUGGGCAAUUCAGAAGGCAAUGCCAAGGAGUACAUUGAUUUGUUUUACAAGCACCCAAGGUUGAUGGGCGGGUUUGUAUGGGAGUGGGCGAAUCAUGGUCUUCGUACCAAGAAUGAAGAUGGCGAGGAGUUCAUGGCAUAUGGAGGUGACUUUGGAGACGAGCCCAACGACUACAAUUUUGUCAUGGACGGCUUGUUGUAUUCUGAACAUACCGUGAGCUCCAACAUUACCGAAUACGCCAAGGCAAUCGAACCUGUUCAGACACUUUCCCUGCAUCAGCACAAAAUUACAGUCGCGAAUCGCUAUGAUUUCCUGACUCUAGAUCAUUUGACCGCAACUUGGUCCGCUGUUUCCGAUGGGAACGAGUUGGCAGUUGGCCCUGUCAAAAUACCAAGAGGAAUUAAACCACAUGCGGAGGCAGUUGUGACGGCAGAGGGAUUUCACAACGGAAUGUUGAAAGAAGUCCACGGCGAAGCAUAUCUGCAAAUCAAGUUCAGAUUGAAGCACGACUCCUUUUGGGCGCCUGCUGGACACCUAGUGUCGACCGGAGAACUUCGGGUGUCACGGCCGCUGUCAGUCAAUGCCAUCCAGUCUGUUGAGCCGCCGAUGCCGAAACCAACCAUGCAAAUGGCGUCAGAUUCGCUUGUCAAUAUUACUUCGGUCUCUGGGGACUCGACAUGGGCAAUAAACACGGUCACCGGUACCCUUGUAAGCUGGAAACGCAGAGGCCUUCCUAAUUCUGAAGUAAUCAGUCAGCCCAUUACAAUGGAUUUUUAUCGUGCACUGACCGACAAUGAUCGCGGCGGCCACGGACGGGAGUGGGUGGACAGACGACUUCAUCAAACGUCUAUGCACGUAAAGGAAGUUCGGUUUCAAGAAGUCCAAGAUGGUAUUGUAGUGGAAGUAAAACACAGGAUAGCACCUCCUGCCCUACUAUGGGCUGUUGAUACGACGUGGACGUACCACUUCCGUGGAGAGUCUCUGGCUAUCAACGUCAAGGGAAAGCCUCACGGUAUGGGCUUACCAUCGACAUUCGCACGCAUUGGCAUCACCCUGGGCCUUGCCGGGGCGGAACGGGCCAAAUGGUGGGGCCGCGGUCCGGGAGAGUCAUACCGAGAUAAGAAGUACUCUCAACUCUUUGGAAAUUGGGAGUCAACCAUAGAUGACCUUUGGGUGGAUUACGAAUUCCCCCAGGAUGGUGGUAACAGAACUGAUGUCCGCUGGGUUGAAUUGCUAGGCCAGCAAGGUAGGUUGCUGCGAGCCAAUUUUGGGGACUUGGACGGUGCAAGCUUCUCGGCGAUGCAUUACUCAACGAAAGACAUCGAUGAUUGCACUCAUCCGUACGAGCUUCACAAGCGAAAACGCAGUGACACGAUUGUGAGACUUGACUGGGUACACCAUGGAUUAGGCACCGGGUCGUGUGGCCCAUGGACCUUGCCUCGGUAUUCGUUGAAGACUGAUCACGAAUUUGACUUUGAUCUGCUUUUGGACUAG